GCAAUGACAACACCCAAGCUUCCGGGGACUGAGCGGCUUCAAACUCUCCCAGGAUUUCCGCUGGCCCCAGGUCGCGGUUGGACGUCGGGACAGAGCCUGAUCCAGGCUUCGGCGGCCGGUGGCAGCUCUCGAUCAGCUCUCUCAGUCGGAGAGGCGGCAAAAGAAAGGUGCCACAGCAGAGACACGCAGGAGCUGCCCUAGAACCUUUUCAAAGAAGAAUGGAAGAAUCUGUGAAGCUUGCUAUGGUGGAAGACACCGUGGAGUACCGCCUGUUCCUGAUACCAGGUGAAUCAAGGGACCCAGAAAAACAGAAAGAGGUUCUUCAGAAGUAUAUUGAGAGAAUAAUGACCCAGUUUGCACCUAUGCUGGUCUCCUACAUCUGGCAGAAUCAGCCUUUCAAUCUCAAAUAUAAACCUGGGAAAGGAGGUGUUCCUGCUCAUAUGUUUGGCAUGACAAAGUUUGGGGAUAAUAUUGAGGAUGAAUGGUUUAUUGUUUAUGUCAUAAAGCAGAUUACAAAGGAAUUUCCGGAGUUAGUAGCAAGGAUUGAAGACAAUGAUGGCGAAUUCUUGUUAAUAGAAGCUGCUGACUUUCUCCCUAAAUGGUUGGAUCCUGAUAAUAGCACCAAUAGGGUAUUUUUCCACCAUGGGGAAUUGUGUAUUAUUCCUGCACCAAGAAAAUCUGGAGAAGAAUCUUGGUUACCCAACACAACCCCAACAAUUCCACAAGCGUUGAAUAUAAUCUCAGCACAUCCAGAAAAAAUACUUGCUUCAGAAUCUAUACGAGCUGCUGUGAAUAGACGCAUCAGAGGGUACCCAGAAAAAAUUCAGGCCUCCCUUCAUCGAGCACACUGCUUUCUUCCAGCUGGCAUUGUGGCAGUGCUAAAGCAGCGCCCCAGAUUGGUGGCUGCAGCAGUCCAGGCAUUUUACCUACGAGACCCUAUUGACCUGCGAGCCUGUCGUGUUUUCAAGACAUUCUUGCCUGAAACUCGAAUAAUAACAUCGGUCACAUUCACUAAAUGUCUGUAUGCACAGUUGGUACAACAAAGGUUUGUGCCAGACCGGCGGAGUGGAUAUAGGCUGCCUCCUCCAUCUGAUCCCCAGUACCGAGCCCAUGAAUUGGGCAUGAAAUUGGCUCAUGGAUUUGAGAUCUUAUGUUCCAAAUGUAGCCCACAUUUUUCUGAUUGCAAGAAAUCCCUUGUGACUGCCUCACCACUCUGGGCCAGUUUCCUUGAAAGUCUGAAAAAGAAUGAUUACUUUAAGGGAUUAAUAGAAGGUUCUGCUCAGUACCGGGAAAGACUAGAAAUGGCAGAGAAUUACUUCCAGCUCUCAGUAAACCGGCCAGAAAGUUCUCUUGCUAUGAGCCCAGGCGAAGAAAUCUUAACCUUAUUACAGACAAUGCCAUUUGAUAUAGAAGACCUUAAGAAAGAAGCAGCUAAUCUUCCCCCGGAGGAUGAUGACCAGUGGUUAGAUCUCUCAGCAGAUCAGCUGGAGCAGCUGCUACAGGAAGCUGCUGGCAAAAAAGAAUCAGAGUCUAUUUCCAAGGAGAAGGAGCAGAACUAUAACUUAACUCAAGUCUCAGAGAGCAUGAAAUCUUUCAUAUCCAAAGUCUCAACCCACAAGGGAGCAGAGCUGCCUAGAGAACCUUCUGAGGCUCCAAUCACUUUUGAUGCAGAUUCUUUUCUUAAUUAUUUUGAUAAGAUUUUAGGGCCAAGGCCUCGUGAGUCAGAUUCUGACUGUCUGGAUGAGGAAGACUUUGAAUGUUUAGAUAGUGAUGAUGACUUGGACUUCGAAACACAGGAACCUGGUGAAGAGGCUUCUCUGAAAGGAACUCUUGAUAAUCUCAAGUCAUACAUGGCCCAGAUGGACCAGGAACUAGCACACACCUGCAUUGGCAAAAGUUUCACCACCAGGAAGCAAGUGGAACCUGUAUCCCAGAAUACUGAUAACAAUUCAGAUGAGGAAGAUUCUGGUACAGGAGAAUCUGUUAUGGCACCAGUGGAUGUAGACCUGAACCUGGUUUCAAAUAUAUUGGAAUCCUAUAGCUCCCAAGCUGGACUGGCAGGACCUGCUUCCAAUCUUUUACACAGCAUGGGAGUGCAGCUGCCUGACAACACUGAUCACAGACCAACAAGUAAGCCAAUGAAAAAUUAACCAGCAAAUUUAGCUUCUCUUUUUUCUUUUUAAAUAAAUAUUGAAUCAAAUUCUGUUCA